AGGGUUUUGCGCGUUGCAGUUUGGAGACACAAACAAAGAGGCGCUAGAGAGAGGGAGAGGAAGAGGAGGUAGUUGCAGAGAUGAAGACUAUCCUUUCUUCUGAGACUAUGAACAUUCCCGAUGGCGUGAGCAUCAAGGUGCACGCCAAGGUCAUCGAAGUUGAAGGCCCUCGUGGCAAGUUGGUCCGAGAUUUUAAGCAUUUGAAUCUUGAUUUCGAGCUCAUCACCGACGAUAACGGCCAGAAGAAGCUUAAGAUCGAAGCCUGGUUCGGAUCCCGUAAAACCUCCGCCUCCAUACGCACUGCCCUCAGCCACGUCGGGAAUCUCAUCACCGGCGUCACCAAGGGAUAUCGCUACAAGAUGAGGUUCGUCUACGCUCACUUCCCCAUCAACGCUAGCAUCACCAACAGCAACUCUUCCAUCGAAAUCCGAAAUUUCCUCGGCGAAAAGAAGGUGAGGAAAGUGGACAUGCUUGCAGGAGUUUCCGUUGUUCGAUCUGAAAAGGUUAAGGAUGAGUUGGUUUUGGAUGGUAAUGAUAUUGAAUUAGUUUCUCGAUCCUGUGCUCUCAUUAACCAGAAAUGCCAUGUCAAAAAUAAGGAUAUCCGGAAGUUCCUUGAUGGUAUUUAUGUUAGCGAGAAGGGGACCAUAUUUGAAGAGUAGUGGUGAAAACAGGCAUUUUGUUGUUGUUUUAAAAUUUGAAUUAAGCUUCUCUUCUGCUUUUUAGUGGCGAGUAUUUGGACACAGUUUUUAUUAGCUUGUUGAGAAUGGAUUUUGCAAUUUUGUGUUAUCGAAGUUAUCUUUUUGGAGAUCUUACUUGAAAUUAUUUCUUCUA